CAGCUCCUGAAAGCACCUCAGAGCCCCGACUCGGCCAUGGGUGCCACUGGCGCUCGCCUGCUCCAAGGAGCUCAUGAGGAGGUGCUAUGGAGCCCAAGGACCGGCGCACCUGGCGCGGCUGGCUCCUUCUUCGUCAAAGAAGACGAGGCGCCCAUGUCCCAUGACCUCCAAGAACCAAAGGCAGUUCAGAUGUUGUCGUGCCAAUCCACGGGCCACGAUGUCCGGUGGCAGGGCAACUUGGCACGCGUGGCUUGCCCAGCACACUGUCAGCGCGAGCCAUCCGCCGUGGCGGUGGGCACUGGGGUGCAUCCCUUGGGCUCCCCGAUCUGCCUGGGCGCCAUCGUGGAUCGGGUGCUCCCCGUCUACGGCGGCGAGAUGAUUCUGACCAAGGCUGCUCCUGUGCAAGCUCAGCGAAUGCUCGGCAAACCCGCAGGCCUGGAGUCUUACUCGGGAGGUGAGUCCAAUGUGGCGGUGUCCGUGAGUGCCACCGGGCUCAAGGGCGAGGCGUGGCACGCCUAUACCACCGACUCGCUGGAUAUGAGUAGGGCUUUGCCGCCCGAGCACGUGGUAGAGGAUUGCAUGGAGCCGUUUCAGAAGCUUCCGCUGCAGACCUUUGGAGACGCGAUGGUCAUCAACUGCCCGGCGAGGUGUACGGGAUCCGGCAAGCUGGCCGGCACCCUGAUCUACUCCCCGGACAGCUCCAUGUGCUGGGCUGCGGAGCACGGCCAAGUGGUUGGGCCCCACGGGGGACGGGCAGUGGUCACACGGAGGCAUGGGCAGAACGAGUUCUUCGGCUCCACCAACCAGGGCUCAGAAAGCCAAGAUGCUCCGGGGGCCAACGCCAGCUACACCGUCGCUUUGCCCACGUCAGAUGUGCUGGCACGAAUGGCAGUGGCACCGCCAAAGCCUGCCUUCUUCUAGCCGCAGCAAAAGUCCGAGUUGGCCAAGUCACA